AAAAAAAGGGGAACUCUUGCCUCUGACGAGCUGAAACGAUCUCCGAACUACAAGUGAACGUAAGUUGAUGGUAACCGAUAAAAAAACAUCAGCAUCAUUUUAAAGUCACGAAAAUCCAUUUUCAUCUAAAAGCCGACAGGAUAUUGACCACAAAGAGAAAAAGAAAAUAUCCAGCUCUUUGGCAUUAAAGUGUCACUGGUUAGAAACCAAAUCAUGAAUUUGAACAACAGCACGGCCAUAAUGGUAGCUGCCAAUACAGGUAGCUCGCCGGCGAUUUUGUCGCACAAUUUCUACCUUGUUACAGCAACUGUGCUUAUACUUGUCGUCAUUGCCGCCAUCAUUGGAAACAUAUUGGUGUGCGUGGCUAUUCUGGUCAAUAACCAGCUGCGUUCAUCACCCACAAUGGUUUUCAUUUUUGCCUUGGCCGUGAGUGAUUUGUUGACUGCGUGUCUCUCAAUGCCUUUUGAUGUCGACCAGCAACUCACUAACUUCAAAUGGACCUAUAGCGAGGGGCUCUGUCAAGCAUGGACAACUGCGUACCUUACCACCGUGCCCUCGUCUAUUUGGAACCUUUUGGCGGUAAGCGUUGACCGGUACAAGAGCCUUAAGGACCCUUUGAGCCGCUACAGGCAAAGCCCCUUUAUGACGCGUAAGCGAGCGGCUCAAGUUGUUGUGCUCCUGUGGAUUUACUCAGCAGUCUUCGCUCUAAUACCUGUCAUGGGAUGGAAGUACCACUCUGUAAGCGUCAGAAAUAACUCGUGUUACUUCAACAUAACAAUAACCUACUCCAUACUGAGCUCAUUCAUAAACUUCAUCUUCCCACUUCUGGUCAUGUGCUUUUUGUAUUACAAAAUAUUUAUGAUAGCUCGAAACAUAAACAGCGACACAUUUUCCCAACUCAACGGUCGCUCAUGGGGAAGAUUAUCCAACGAAGCUACUUCAACAGAAGAUGUUUGUAAAAUCACCAGGCGCACCAAGCGAUGUGACAAGAGAUUCAAACAGAACAUUAAAGCUGCUAAAAACAUCUUGAUCAUAGUUGCCGCAUUUUUCCUUUGUUGGAUGCCUCACACGCUUCUUAGCUUGACCUUCAUUUUCCACGGGAAAGAGUUGGCACACAGAAUUCCCAUGGAACUGUUCACAGUAUUCUUGCUCCUGGGAUAUUUGAACUCCGCUCUAAACCCACCUCUGUAUACAUUCCACAACAAGCGGUUUAAAGAAACCUACAUAAAAUGCCUCGGGCUCAAGAGACAAAAGACUCCGCCUUUAAAUCGAUUCUCGAACGUCACGGCCUUGAGCAACAUCGACUCGAACCAUUCGGGGUCUCCGACGCCAAAUACAGACAAUGAAAACAAUAUGGAAGAACAUAUUCACAUGGAUGAAAACAGUUUCGUAAAUCUUCGUUGUCCUAUCCGUCAAGUCAAGAUGAAUUUCUCGGUAACAAAUCACUCUGCUACGCCAGUAGUGUUAUUGUGGAGUCCUGGCUUUAAGUAUUUCAGUGUGACACUUUAUGUUGUUAUAAUCACCGUGGCAUUCACUGGAAAUCUGUUGGCUUGUCUCGCAUUUAUCUUGAGUGCAAUCGUUCGCAUCUCACCGACGAAUCAUUUCAUAUUUUCGCUAGCUGUAAGUGAUUUGCUUACCGCGUGCUUCGCAAUGCCCUUCGAUCUGGAACAGCUUUUAACCAAUAAUACUUGGUACCACGGAGAGCUCCUCUGCCAGAUAUGGACCACAGCGUACCUCCUCACUGUGCCCUCGUCUAUUUGGAACCUUUUGGCUGUGAGCGUGGACCGCUACAAGAGCCUCAAGGACCCGCUGAACCGUUUUCGCCAGACUCCAUUCAUGAGCCGUAAGCGCGCAGCUCUGGUGAUCCUAUGGCUGUGGAUUUAUUCAGGGCUUUUUGCGCUUGCACCAGUCUUAGGCUGGAAACGGGUUCCUCAAAGCCUAACUGCGGUCGGUUUUUGUGACUUCAACAUAACUACAGAAUAUUCUUUGUUGAGCUCCUCCGUGAAUUUCAUCUUGCCAACCGUGUUUAUGUGCGGGCUGUACUGGCGAAUCUACAAAAUUGCGAGUGGUCUUAGCAAACAGGAGGUGCUAGAUCCUUUGCAGAAUUCACCUGACAUUGGAAGAAAGUCGGCCAAGAGCCUGAAACGGCGGAUAACGACAACAAAGAAUAUCCUGAUCCUUGCCUGUGCAUUUUUCUUCUGUUGGAUGCCGCAUACUGUUCUCAGCAUCGUCGCGACAAUCAUGCUCAUGGCAUGUCAGUCAUGUAUACUAGCCAUCCCCAGAGAACUGUACAUUGUCUUUCUUAUGCUAGGAUACUCAAGCUCAGCUUUGAAUCCUUAUCUUUAUGCGUUAAGGAAUAAGCAGUUUAGGAACGCCUUAUCCAGGCUUGCUCCCGCGUUCCGUUGCAAGGUUACUCCGCGGAUACCUUCAACUCUUACAACCGGAAACCAAAAGUGCAGAAAGUUACUGGGUAACAACAGUACAGGACAGAGCACACUAACCCGAACCACCACUUUGUAAACUGGGCUGCCUGUGCUGAGUUUAGAUUUAACCAUUUUCUCGGUAAUUGUUUUGUUCUAAAGCUGCCUGCUAAGGUUUUAGUCUUCCUUUGUGUAAAAAGUAGUGAUUCCUAAGAACCGGGAGUGCGAAAUCCCAAUAUAUCAUAAAUGAAAGAGGUAUUAUUCGAAAAAUUGUACCCUUAUUGUAAUUAAGUAACAUUCAAAGAGCGUCAACUCUGUGGAAUUCACGAGCGCUUCAUAUAAUUUAUGGAAACAAUACUAUAUACAAUCAUUUCAAACUAUUAUCUCGGGCAACUUACAGAAUGGAUGUAUCUUUAAAAACUGAAAAUAUAACCCUAAAAAAAAUGGCAAACACUCAUUACUCAAUCACUUUAGUGACGUCCACGGUAUUUCAGUUUGAACGUCACGUAAAGAUAUUCAGGGCUGGGUUGUUCGUGACCCGAUAAACAUAAAUCCAGGCCUGAAUCAACAUCGUGAGGAAAAUGAUUAAACGUUUCAUUUUAUCUACAAAACCACGAUGGACAACAAUAUUUUUAUGACAUCAACCCCAAGAUGACUACGUAUACAAAACCCAUAGGUUGCCAUGACAAUCAAACCAGUAUUAGAGCGAAUCUUGCUUCGAACGACACGGUCAAGGAGAAAGAGAUCAACGGAAUACUUGGAAAGUGGAAUUUUUUUUUUUUUAGGAGGAAAAAUUUGAAAGGUGUGUUUUACGCUAAUUUUUCCUUUUAGGUUCAGUACUAUCUACUGUGUAAUUUAUUAUGUUAAAAACCACUCAGCACUGUCCUAUUUUUAGUGAAUCAAGGAGAAAGUUUAUAAACAAACGCUGAGAGUUGAAUAAUUGUUGUCGCUUUGAAAUGACACCAAAUCCACAGAAGACAAUAUUGUCAUAGAAACAAAAAUUAAUGGUGAAAGCGCUCAUAAAUCAAAUGUUAGAAAUUGAACAAGCUUUGAUGACCAUUGGGAGAGAGAUUGCAAAGCAAUUUCAUUCUAAAAGCAAAAAUCAAAACACAUUAAAAUAUUUUGAAAGUUUUGUAUAAAUGUCGCGCACAAAAGCUUUCCCAACGAUUCUUCAAAUUAUCCCAUCGUUUCGUUUCAUAUAAAUUAUGCAAUAUGAAACUUUGCAUAGAUAAAACGAAAGCGGUUUCUGUUUAACUUUGUUUGAUAUUUGGAGUCAGAAGUCUUUUUGGAUAAGCUUGAGUGUUUUUCCUUCAGCCAUCUAAAAAUUGCUUUAAUAGCAUGUUAUAGCUGUCGAGAUAAUCUCACUAGUAAAUAUUUCUGCUUAGGUCGUAGAUGAAAGAUGUCAGUCAAAAUUAGAGAGAUGAUGCGUAAAUAAUUCUAGAGUAGUGACCUUUGAACUGCUGUAGCUUUGACAACAAACUAGUAACAGCUUAAUUCCCAACUAUGGCUGUAUCGUGAGGAAAAUAUGUUACAUAUUGAAGUUACAUUCACUAUAUUUCCUAGACUUGACAUUACCCACCGUCCAAGAUCCGAAGAAAAUUCAUCAAACAAUGGCAAUAUAGCUUAGCAAUCUUAAAACUGUUUAGUGAAAAAGAAAAAAAAUGUAAUAUCAGUUGCACUCCUGGCGCCAGUUAAUGGCAACGGUCGUAAUAAAAGCUGAUGUUGGCCUUCUGUUGAUAA